AAGUGUAUUUUGAUUAGCAGUUUGUGAUUCAAGUAAUAGAAGAAAGCUUUUUGAUUGUCUGUUUUAUGUGUGUUUUAACAGUGAAAACACUAUUAUUACUAAAAUUCUGUUAAAAAUUCUGUAAACUGUCGUUUUGUGUCAAUUAGUUGUUUCAGUUGUUAGUAUUUUAUCGAUUUUAAGUAAUCUUUUUAAACAAAAAUUGUUUUGCAAAUACUUUUUUACAUAAUCGACUUUUGUUUGGUAGACCUCAAUCAUGACAUACAAUAAAGCAAUGCAAUCGUCGGGAAUGACUGUAUCGAUACCACAAUACUGUUAUUAUAUUGUAAUUACUUUGAUGUUGACUUCGUUAGCCGUCGCACAACAAAAUUCAAUUGAUAAUUCUGGUAAUGAAGAUGACUUAAUAAAGAGGGCAUCGACUCAUAACCACAACAUAAUGCGGUUCGGAAGGGCUGGUCAUAACAUUAUGCAUUUCGGUAAACGUACUCAAGAGUUGGUCACUGAUGACGGUUUGGGUGACGGCAAYGACUCAUCCAMUGAAUUAGACACUUCUAACGCCAAUAGCGAACAACAAGAUAUCAAUGCCUACGACAGCCGACCCAUAAAUAUUGGCCAGAGAUCGGUGCGGACGAGAUAUUUCAUUCCCCACGCAUUUAUAGCUUCUCUAUAUACACAUCCGCGUCCUUUCCUUAAAAAAGCUGCUGAAAGUAGGGAUAAUGUGUUUAUGCAUUUUGGUUAAUGGCAUUACUUUCAAGUGGCUCUCAAUUAUAUGUUAAAUAU